AAUAGUUUCCUCAUCUUAUAUUUGUCUUUCAAAGUGAAAAUGGCUUCUAAGACAUUUCUUCUUCUUGCCCUUGUUUUUGCUGUCGUUCUUCUAAUUACCUCAGAAGUAGCCGCUAGAGACUUAGCCUCCAAGCAUGACGGUGAGGUUGAUGGCCGUAGUGGAUACAACCGCGGUAGCGGCGGACAUGGAGGAUACAACAACGGAGGCGGACGAUACAACGUUGAUGGACGUGGAGGAUACAACAAAGGCGGCGGACAUGGAGGAUACAAUGGUGGUGGACAUGGUGGGCAUGGCAAAGGUCGUGGUGGCCGUGGAGGGCAUGGCAGUGAAGAGGCAACUGCUUACAAAGAAACUCAAAACUGAUAAUAAGCAUAUUCGAGCUGGAUGAAUCAUAUAUAAUUUCAUGAGUCGAGUAUUAUAAGAAAGUUUUAUCUUGCAUCAUCAGUACGUACUCCUUAUAUAUGUAAUAAUUGGCAUGACUCCUUGUACGUGUAGAAUAAGUUAAUAAGAGUGUACUUUUGAAUCCAA